AUGCCUUGUUAUUUUAAAACCUACCAAUCAAAACGAUUGUCAACUGGUUGGGAGAAAUUUCAUCAGGGUAUUAGAAAAUAUCAUUUAUAUUCACCAGAUGAUGACGUCAUACCUGGUCUAUUAAAAGAUUUAAAUCGUAAUCCUUUUGUAGAUGUUGAUAUGAAAGAGGGAGGAACACAGUUAAAGUUAAUAAUAACAUUUCAAGACGAAGGAAUAGCAUUAUUAAAACCAAUGAGAUUCCCGAGAACACAAGAAACUUUGAUAAACCAUUUUUAUUUUACUGAUUAUGAACGUCAUAAUGCAGAGAUAGCUGCCUUUCAUUUAGAUCGUGCCUUAGGAUUUUAUCGAGUACCACCAACUACUGGUAGACUAGUUAAUAUUUCAUCAGAAUUAAAGAAAUUCGCUGAUCGCAAGUUGGCGAAGACUUUCUUCUAUUCCCCAGCUGGGAACCUAUGUUUCCACGGUUCGUGUUCUUAUUACUGUGAUACAUCACAUGCUAUUUGUGGACAACCAGAUACUUUAGAAGUUUCUUUAGCGACUUUCCUUCCCCCUGAGGAGGUGGCCGAUAGGAAAACUUGGAGAAAUCCCUGGAAAAGAUCUUAUAGCAAACAUAGGAAAGCAUAUUGGGAAGUGUAUGACGAUUUGUGUGAAAAAGUGAGAAACCGCCCACCCUAUAAUAAAGGCAGGCGUUUAUUGGAUCUUAUGGAUUUGACUGUUUUUGAUUUUAUAAUAGGUAAUAUGGAUAGACAUCAUUAUGAAACUUUUAUAGAAUUUGGUAACGACACCUUUCCUAUACACAUGGAUCAUGGCAGAGCGUUUGGUAAACCGAAUAAAGACGAGAUGACUAUCAUAGCUCCAGUGUUACAGUGUUGUUUAAUACGAUAUUCCACGUAUAUGAAAUUAGUUAAAUUUUAUAUUGGACCACAAAAACUCAGUGAAGUUUGGAGACAUUUCGCAGACAGUGAGAGUAUAGCUCCUAUAUUACUAAGACCACAUCUCAUAGCCAUGGACAGACGUGUGACGAUUAUAUUACAGAUAAUUGAGAAGUGUUUACAAGAUAAUCCAGUAGAUAAGGUUAUCGUAGAUGAUGGAAUUUAA